AUGGCUAUCACACCUGCACUCGAGAACCUCAACAAGGGCAACGCUCCUUCUCUAGCGCUUGUCCAUCCUACCGAAGCCGAAAAGCAGAUACAGUUCAAUCUCAACGGAAGCGAAUGGCGCGGUGCACUCUCCCUUCCCGCCUACCUCCGACGUGAGGCUACACUUUCAGAGCAGACCCUAACGCGCGAUGGCGGCAUCUCGUACUGGAUCUUGGUUGACACCUCUUUGCCAAAUAACCCUCUGGACCCAGAUUCAGGCACCCGGCUACCAUUGGCGAGCUGCGAAACGUACCGGAAGAAGGCGCUAGUAUGGCAGAAAGGGGAACUGAAGGAGGUCAUAUGUCACGGCAUUGGCAGUGUGUUCUGUGCAAAUCAUCUGCGCAAGCGGGGAUAUGCGCAACGGAUGAUGACGGAGCUCGGUAAGGCGCUGAAAACAUAUCAGACUGAAGAUGGUCAAGAGUGUUUGUUCUCGAUCCUAUACUCUGAUAUUGGAAAGAAAUUCUACAACACCUUUGGCUGGGAACCUUUUACUUCAUCACACGUCUCUAUUCCUGCGACCACUUCUCAGGACACGAGCGGCCUACCCACCGCCCGUCCAUUGUACGCAGGGGAUCUGGAGGAGCUAUGCAAGAUUGACGUAGCCUCUGUCCGCCAGAGUCUGGAGUCUCGACCCAAGGACAGCAACACUGCAGUUGCUCUGCUACCUAAUAUCGAAACGAUCCGAUGGCACCACGCGCGUGAGGAGUUCGUAGGCAAUGAGCUGCACGGCAAGAAACCGGAGAUCAAAGGAGCAGUUGUCGGUACGGAGAAGGGCAAGCGCAUCUGGUGUUACUGGACAAGGAUGUGGUACAACGGAAAUCCAGCCGAAGCCAAGGGCAACACGCUGCAUAUCCUACGCCUGGUCAUCGAGGACGGUAGCUGGGAAGGUUCUUCGGGCAGUGUGAACGGCGGGUCUGAGAACCAUAGCCACGAUGCUGCUGUUGCAGCACUCCUAGCGAUGGCGCAGGAGGAGGCACAGAAAUGGAAGAUGGAGCAUGUAGAGAUGUGGGCACCCUCACCGACGGCGCUGACAGCUGCGAAGAAGCUAGACCCAACUGCGGAGGUCGUUCACAGGGAUAUGGAGAGCAUCGCGUGCUUGCAGUGGUACCCAGAACACGAUGGACCAGUUGCUGACAAGAUUGACUGGAUUGCAAAUGAAAAGUAUGGGUGGUGCUAA